UGCGCUGAGUCGGAGUUGAGUGAGACAAGCCCCGGCAGCGCAGCAAAGGAAGCACUUGGCGGAAAGUCGCCGUGUAGCGAUCGAUUGCUACUGUCUGAUCUCUCUGACGUAAAGAUGGAUGCCUGCCUAUACAGGUUAUAACGUGGGAAGCAACUCCCUGGCGGUGUUCAACGUGCAGUUCCCUGUUUUGGCCAAUGCUUGCUUCGCUACAGCAUGACCACAGCAGUGUCGGCUCAUCGGGUAGUUCUGGCAAAUGAAAAUGGAGGAGGUUUCAAUGUCCAGCCUGGACAACAGCAAGCUGGAGGGCCUAGCUCAGGACAUCCUGUCUGACCUGGUGGAGGAUGCAUGCCUGGGUCUUUGCUUCGAGGUCCACCGGGCCGUCAAGCAGGGCUAUUUUUUCCUGGAUGACACGGACCAAGAAAGCAUGAGGGACUUUGAAAUUGUGGACCAGCCAGGAUUGGACGUGUUUGGCCAAGUGUACAACCAGUGGAAAAACAAAGAGUGUGUAUGUCCCAACUGCAGCCGAAGCAUUGCUGCCUCACGAUUUGCCCCACACCUGGAGAAAUGCCUGGGGAUGGGGCGCAACAGCAGCCGCAUAGCAAACCGCAGAAUAGUCACUGGUAACAACACAAACAACAAAUCGGAGAGUGACCAAGAGGAUAAUGACGACGUCAAUGAUAAUGACUGGUCUUAUGGGGCAGAAAAGAAAGCCAAGAAAAGGAAGUCUGAUAAGAAUCCAAACUCACCCAGAAGAUCCAAAUCAUUCAAGCAUAAGAGCAGCAUGAUGGGUCCCAGGCGUCGUAUAGACAACCAGGAGAGCCCACGCAUGCUGAUGAAAGAUGAGGCAUUCCCUCAAUAACACACUCGGCCACAAACACACAUUCUCUUACCAUUGUGUGUGCAGAUACACACAAACGCACAUGCACAGGAAGACCAAUAACACUUCACCUUUGGUUCAUUAUGAUGUGAUAUCAAUGGACGUUGAUAUUAUGACAUUU